AUGAAUGUGAAAGUGUUGGCCGCGUUGCUGCUCUGCAGCGCCUGCGCAGCAACCAAAGACGCGCGGUACCCAAUGCUUUACGACUCUGGAUGGGCCGGGCCAGUUCGGUACGCGGACAAGUUCAACAUAUCGAGUAAUUCCACCGGUUUCACCAUGGUCGAAGCUACGCUCGUUAUGCCACAUCUAUCGAUACCUAAGAAACCGCAUGAGAAGGCAGAGCAAUACACAGCGGCCUACUGGAUCGGACUUGACGGUGUUCUAUCAUCACCUACACACGUUCGAGGACUCUGGCAGGCCGGCGUUAUCAUGUCGGUGUGGACGAACGGAACGACCGAGUACACAGGAUUCCAUGAAUGGAUCCCAGAUGACCCGUUGAGUGUUAGUAAAGCUCAGCUCGCCAUCUCAGAAGGUGAUCAUAUUCAUGUGCUUGUGGAAACGACCAACAACGGUUAUCAUGGCACCACCACUUUGACUAACCUCAACACCGGCAAGACAUAUAAACAUAGUCAAGACGCCCCUACCACGUGGCGCGGCCCAACUUGGCCAUCCCAGGGAGCCUCAGCAGAGUGGAUUGUCGAGGCUGGCACGUAUCUCAACGGACCGCAAUACAUCCUGCCGGACUGGGGAACUGCUUCGUUUCUGGGUGCACGCGCUUGCUAUGAUGGCGGCGAAUGUGCGAUCGCUGGUGAUGGCGCCGCGGAUCAGGGUCUCAUGGCGGCUAUCUUGUGGAACGACACCAAUACAUUGUACACGCGAUCGCGCGUCAAAGGCGAUCAUGCAUGGAUCAAGUACGUGGAGGAGCCAUUUAAGGGCUAG